GUCAUUUCCAUCCGGGAUAGGACCCUAGGCUGUUAACCCGUGAAGUACCAGGUUUGAAGUGGCGGCCGUUAGCACGGGAAGUGUGGUGGCUACAGACCGCAGCAAACACACAUGAGUCUGAGGAAAUGUAGAAUAAAGAAUUGAAGCAUCAACAGUGAAAAGAAGUUUGAAAAUUACAAUAGGCUUUGAGCAGAUGGAACAAGCUUCAGGAUAAGUUAGUAUCAACAGUUUGAGGCAUUGAUAGAAGAUUUUAAAUAUUUAAGUGUAACGGAAAGAGAUUUCUACUGAGAUUUUAUUCAUCUGCCUUGUGAAUACCUGCAGAAUAGUCAAACUGGCGAUGUCAAGAGUACCAAGUCCUCCACCUCCAGCUGAAAUGUCAAGUGGACCUGUGGCAGAGAGCUGGUGCUACACGCAGAUAAAAGUCGUGAAGUUCUCUUAUAUGUGGACAAUCAACAAUUUUAGUUUUUGCCGGGAGGAAAUGGGAGAAGUUAUCAAGAGUUCAACUUUCUCCUCUGGAGCAAAUGAUAAAUUGAAAUGGUGCCUCCGAGUGAACCCUAAAGGUUUAGAUGAGGAAAGUAAAGAUUACCUAUCACUCUACCUGCUGCUAGUCAGCUGUCCAAAAAGUGAAGUAAGAGCAAAAUUUAAAUUCUCCAUUCUGAACGCAAAAGGUGAAGAAACUAAGGCAAUGGAAAGUCAAAGGGCAUAUCGAUUUGUGCAAGGGAAAGACUGGGGUUUUAAGAAAUUUAUUCGAAGGGAUUUCCUUUUGGAUGAGGCCAAUGGACUCCUUCCUGAUGAUAAGCUGACAUUGUUCUGCGAGGUUAGUGUGGUCCAGGAUUCAGUGAAUAUCUCAGGUCAGAACACAAUGAAUAUGGUGAAAGUUCCUGAAUGUCGGUUAGCAGAUGAGCUUGGAGGAUUAUGGGAAAACUCUAGGUUUACAGACUGUUGCCUUUGUGUAGCCGGCCAAGAAUUCCAAGCUCAUAAAGCAAUUCUAGCAGCUCGUUCCCCAGUCUUCAGUGCUAUGUUUGAACACGAAAUGGAGGAAAGCAAAAAGAACCGCGUUGAAAUCAAUGAUGUGGAGCCUGAAGUAUUUAAGGAGAUGAUGUGCUUUAUUUAUACGGGAAAGGCACCAAAUCUUGACAAAAUGGCAGAUGAUUUGCUUGCAGCUGCUGAUAAGUAUGCUCUGGAGCGCUUGAAGGUGAUGUGUGAGGAUGCUCUUUGCAGCAAUUUAUCUGUGGAAAAUGCAGCUGAAAUUUUAAUCCUGGCAGAUCUACACAGUGCUGAUCAACUCAAAACUCAAGCAGUGGACUUCAUAAACUACCAUGCAUCUGACGUAAUGGAGACAUCUGGUUGGAAGUCAAUGGUCUUGUCCCACCCUCAUCUGGUGGCAGAAGCUUACCGUUCACUAGCAUCAGCACAAUGCCCUUUCCUUGGUCCUCCCCGCAAGAGGCUUAAGCAGUCCUAAAGUGACAUUUGAAAAUGGAGUGAAACAUUUUAACGGCACUGACCUGAUCACAAUGUUGCACAAUGCAAUGUAUAAAGUUUUCUGACGUGCUUCCUGCCGUGGGAAAGAUCGUGCUUGGUGUGCUAAUUACCUUUCUGCACUAAGUACUUUGGGGAGGAAAAACUAAAACACAAAACUAUUGCUGCAUUGUCUUGAGACCCCUAGACUUGGCUGAACGGAUUCCUGCUGUUUUGUUUUGUUUUGUUUUGUUCUGAUCUGUUCUGUUUUGUUCUGUUUUAUAUACACAGUUAACAGAUUUUUAGAUGUUGGCCCAAAAGGAGUAUGGAUAGGAGAUGGAUUAGGAGGGAAGAGAAAAGGGUAGACAUUUAACUUGCACUACUUUAUCUACUUCAGUUCUUGAACUUGAAGCUAGCUUCUGUCAGCACACGAAAAUGAAUGGGCCAUUUAGAGUCAAAAGGACAGCCUCAACAUAGUGUUGAAGAAUACUCAAGCUGUGGAUUGAUGUUGCUGAGUUUUUGUCCUUUCUGUAAAAAAAAAUUAGCACUUGCAUUAUUAUUAUAAUUUUUAAAAAAUUUAUGACGAAAUUAAAGCCACACGUAUUUUGAACAAGUUUUUAAAAAGUGGGAAGAAACCGUUCAGUUUAGAAUUUACCCUUGUGCUCCUAACAAUCUCAGCUAAACAGUGGUAUUCAAAUAGAAAAAAAGAGCUACGGCAGUGUAAAUGUGUUAUCUAAAGGAUACAGAGGUAACGUGUAGAAUGUGUGGAAAAAUGUUUUACAUUUUUCUCAGAUGGCUUAGCAAAUAAAAUGAGUUAAUGAACAUGUUUUCUUGUUCAGUGGAAACAAAACAGUUUUACCAUAGAAGCUUCUGUCUCAACUGUUUCUGUUCUAGAAGGAAAUGGUUAAUUUGUAACAACCUCUCCCAAGGUUGCAAUAUCUCCUUUGAUUCACUGCUGUUCAGAAGUGGGGAAACAAAAACAAAAUUUAAUCUCCAGUCUUUCUUUGGAGAAUAAAGUAAAAUAAUAUUUUGCAUUGAAAUGCCUCUAGAGAAAAUCCUUUUCCCCAGAAAUAAUAUUGUGUAUGGCUUUGACAGUACGUUCAACUUUUAUUUAGUGAAUAAAUUUCUAAAGAGUUACUUAAAAUAAUUUGUUUUGAAUCUGUUUUCCAAACUUAUUUAUUAGAGCCAGCUGUGCUAUUUUGAUUUGGUUUGGUAGAGUUUGUAAUGUUAUGCUUUGAGAGCACCUCAAACUUAUUUGAAAGGCUGAUCUUUUAAGGUAGUAAUUGUCCUGUUAUCAAAAUUGAUGUACUAAUUUUACAAAUGUUUUUGAGUAUUGAUUCAGCAAACAAUCGUACAUUCAUUGGUUAUGGAAUUCAGGCAUAGUUUCAGUGAAACUUGGCUAAGCUAUGUUUUUUUUAAACCUGUUUUCCUUUUCUCUGCUUGAAUACUGCUCUGUUUAUUUUGUCCCUUUCAAACAGAGUUUGAGCAGUUCUCUACCAGUCCUGCUCUUUGCCCUUUUAUUUUCCUUUCCUAUAGUAAGCAAAUGGUUUAUGCCUGGGUGGUGCAAAGUAUAAAAACAAAUACGGAAAUACAGAUCAGACUGGGAACUUAUGGUCAAGUUUGCAUUGUGCUACUUUAUUACUUUGUUUUAAAGUUCAGCUGUAUUCUGUAUACCACAGUUGAUGACAGCAUAGCUUGACAUUCCUGAAACUAUAAACUGUGUGGUCUGCUUUCAUUGCUCAUGUGAACAUAAAAAUAAUGAAAUGAUAGGCUUGUGUAUUAAAAAAUGCCACCUGUGUAUUUUGUCCUUCUAUCUACCAGCUUAUCCUACAUUCCAUCAUAUCACAGUGGUACAUUUCCAUUACUACUUAUUUGGAAUUUUCCAUCACUUGAUAGGGCUUUAAUGUGCCAUACAAUGUGAAUUAGAAAUGUUGAGACUUGUGGAGCUUACUGUACAAUGAGCUUGUGUACAAAAUUUUAUUCAGGAAAGUGCUGAAUUAAAUUGGUCUCAUACUGUGAAUUUUAUGGGUACAUUAAAAGUUAUAACCUGAAGAUACUUCCAGUAGGCACUUAAAAUCUAAAAGCAAGCAAGUCUUUACCUCCAAAAUGUAUAGCCUUGAAAUCUUUGGGUGAAUUAAUAAAGGAAGGAUUUUGUUUAAAAUU